CAGACAACCGCUUGGUCGGUAUCGGACGCAGUUUUUGUACGACUGAUGUUGCGGAACUUGGGCUGAACCUUUCAAUUAACGUCUUGCUUUUCGACUGGCUGCUUUCUUGUUCUCGAGACCACCGGAGCGCCUCCCCGUGGCUAUGAGGAGACCAGGUUUUCGGGCAGGUUAUGUUGGGGUUUUGGGAGAUGAUCACCGUUAGAUUUGUCUCCUCCGACGCUCGCUGGCGCAGAAACUUGGCACCGCAAUGUUUUUUCGAUGUUAGUUGUGCGAUAGAAACGUCCAUAGUAGUCAUUCGUUCGGUGUCUUGUCUUCACUCAGCUUUUUACCAUCUUCUCCGUCUGACAUCUCCAGUUCUGACCUUUGACGAGUGCUGUCCGAUUACUCUUCAGCUCUAGGUCGCUGGAGCGCCCACCGCCGCCGCCCUGGUUGAGAAAAGGCAUGAAAUGGGCUGAUCCCGUCGCUCACUUGUCAACAUGACUCCUACCCAGUUCCUAGGGGCGCCGUCGUCGCGUCCUGGGGGGUUAUCGAAGAGACGACGACCCUCACGAUCGCCACUCGUUACCAUUACUCUCUCAAGGACACUCCUUUUGACGUCAAUACUACUCACCCUCAUCCACGGCUCCCACGCCCAGCUCGACCCCAUCAAGAACUUCUGCCGAAUCUUCAGCCACCAAACCGCCGUGAUCGACAACAAGCUCUACAUAGACGGGGGCUUCAUCAACUACAACCCCAUCUCCCAGUAUCCAGCUAACUACACAAACACCGCCCUCCUCUACCUCGACCUCACAACCAUCACCGAAUCCGGCAUGCCCCCACUCUUGUCCACCUCCCCACCAAAAAACUCCUCCGUCCCCUCCGUCCACGGCGCCGCCCUCUGGGCUGACCAGCUCAACAAACGACUUUACCUCUUCGGCGGCGAACCUCCUCCUUCGCUUCCCGCUUCAAACUACUACUUGCCCUCGUUAUGGUCUUUUGAUGCCGUCUCGGAAGGAUGGGAAUUGGCUGCCCCCAAAAACAACCCGAAUCAGGUGAAGAUAGACGGAGUGUCGUAUGGAGCUGGGGUCAGUGUGGAAGAGAGGGGAGAAGGGUAUUAUUUUGGUGGGUGGAUUUCUGAUGGUAGUACGGGGAAUUCGACGGGAGUGGCAUCGGGGGCGUUGGUGAAGUUUGACUUUGAUGAGGGGCAGUGGUCGGUAAACGAGGGGCCUGAUCAAGAUGGGAAUGUAAAGAUAGGAAGGGCGGAAGGAGCGACGGUGUUCAUCCCCAUUGGGGAUGGCGGGAUGUUGGUUUACUUUGGGGGAGUGAUGCAGAGCCAGAGCGAGGAUGAUAAAAAGAGCGGGAAUGUGACAACGGAAGGCCAGCCGAUGGAGAUGAUUUAUCUGUAUGAUGUGCUGAGUAGUAAGUGGUAUGUGCAGAAUGCAACGGGGGAGGUGCCGGGGAAGAGGAGACGGUUCUGCGCCGGCGCGACGUGGGCGGGUGAUAGGAGCAGUUACAACAUAUAUAUAUAUGGCGGCGCCUCCACUCCCCCGGAUAACCACCCUGGUUACGACGACGUAUAUAUCCUUACCAUUCCCUCCUUCCAAUGGCUGAAGCUCUAUCCCAAGCCCUCCGGCAACUCUGACCCAAGCCAAAAUAACCAGCAAGGGGGAGCUUACCCCCAUCACUCCCUGACCUGCAACGUCAUUUCUCAGGCCCAAAUGCUGAUUAUAGGGGGAAGCUUCCCUCUCUCGACCGACUGCGACGUACCCUCCCAAUUCGGCACACAUAAUCUCGACCUAGGCGAGCAGAAUGCUAAGAAGGAACCGUGGCAGUUGUUCAACCCGAAUAUGACCACGUACGUUGUGCCGGAUGUGGUGGUAAAGGCGGUGGGUGGUGGAAAGGACGGCGGAGCGACCAAGAAAGAGCCUGAGAAGGGCUGGGCACAUCCGGAUUUGAGUGUCCUGCUGACUAGGGAAGCGAAGUUUGCGGCAAGAACUGCGACGCGCAGUGUCCCGAGCGCGACAGGUAGUUCUGAUGCAAACAGAGGAGGGCCGGGCCUUUCGAAGGGGGCAAUUGCUGGAAUUGCCGUUGGUGGGGCGGUGGCUUUUGUUGCGGUACUGGUCGGGGCUUGUUGGUUUAUCAGGCGACAUCGACAACGGAGGGUUCAAGACGAGAAGAGGAGGAGGGAGAAGCCUCUUGCCGAUGGGGCCGGGUUGGGUACUAUGGCUUCACACUCGGAUGUGCCACCUUGGAGCCCUGGGAUGACAGCUACAACCGGAUAUACACCCACGAGUCCGUAUUCUGAUGGCCCUUUCCAGAGACAGCAACAUGAGGGUAGCGUGUACUCUGCCAAUGUUCCUCGCCCGCCCGCAGAGUUGGAAGGGAAUACGUACUGGCAGGGGCCAGACGGAGUAACGUACGAGCUGACAAGUCCGGAGUCGGCGAUAUCUGAACAGCAGCAAAGUCUCCAAACCAAGAUCGAUUCCCAAGGGCGAGUCUGGAUGCAGGUCCCACCAGCUGGAAGAGGUGACCAUGGUAGUCCUGUGUCAAGGCAUGGGACCGUAACCGAAACCGGGUCAGGGUCCGGGACGCCCACAACAACAGCGGCUGACCCUCAUGGGAUGGAACCCCCAAUAUCACCAGCACAUCCGCCGGCAGAGCCACAAGAACUCGGUGUCAAUCCGAAACGCGGAAGUGCGGACGCCACGACGAUCUUGACGGGUUCGGCAGGCUGGGAUGCGGCAAGGGGGAGACCGAAGCAUCACACCUUCUAUCAUCCAUAA